AUGGAAGAUUUAUUGGCGUCCGCUCGAGUCACUCGACGAUCAACGGAACUACAAGUGAUAAAGGUGAUUGAUCUGUCAACACCAGGACGUUACGAAGCUUCAUGUUACGUAUUAAUUAGAAAACUAAAGAAAAGUCUCACCGAUUUCUUCAAUCAAUAUGUCGCCAUGUUUGAGUUGAUGCAGAUGGUGAUCGAGCAAAUAUUCGUACCAUACACCAUAAUCUGGCCGUUUAUAUCGACCGCACUGUUUACAUACAAUUUCAAUUAUCGUGAAGAAUAUGAGAACAAUUUUCUGACGGACGAAUUUGAUAAAAUUGAUCUGGAUAUGGCAUUACGAGGCCAGACAAAAGUGCUUCCUCUCAACAAGAAUGAGAAACUACAGGUUCUAUCGAAUGUCUAUUACUACACUGGUCUUGUGACAAUUGAUUAUCCGUCCCAUUAUGAAGUAAAAGUGUCAGGUACAGGUGAAGCUGCCAAAAUGAUGAGAAGUAUGCAAGAAGUAUUUUCGCCGCUUACAUCGGAUAUUCGUGAAAGAGAUGAUCGAUGGCGAAAGUGUUUCGUCGAACCAAAUCCGCCAGACGAGAACACACUGUGGACCAUCAUUCUGUUGUUCAUCAUCUCCGUUUUUCUUUGUCGAUUUCAGAAACUGUUAGCCGACGAUCAGAUAGCUGGUCGGGAAACCAUUGUCCGUCGCGGAUUGCAGUCACGUGGUUUCAUCAGAGUGAACUGUUCCAUUUGCAAUGAACCUGAUCUCAGAAUCGCUGAUGAAUCGUAUCAUGAUAUGCAGAUGAUAGACCGUGUUGAGAUGUACUACGAAGAUCCCACCGACGAUGAGGAAUCGGAAGAUGAACUAGAAGGUAAUGAGGACGAAGAAAUCAAUGCUGAGGCUGAUUUGAACAUAAAGGCUUCCGCUACGACGUUACCAUAA